CUUCCACACAUUGCCUGAAUUGCUGGAAGUUGGAAGUAACAGCAGUGGCAGCAACCUCUUAGAUGCCCUUCCUCUAGAAUCACAAGAACUCAAAGGCUUGAGUGGCCUUCUGGAUUUUUGCAGCCAACAUCUGUUCGCCUGUGGUUGCUAUUGUGCCAUACAUUGGAAUGUAAAAAUGAACAGCCAAAUAUCCCAGGGUGGUUAACUGAUGCCAAAAGAAGUCCUGGAGAAGGAUACUGUACUGCUACCAGUAGUCUUGCUGCUCCUAGCAUUCAGGUGAGUUUCUCUUACUAAGCUCAGAUCCAUGGAGAAUGAAAAUUACAACACCAGCCACCCUGACUUUCUCCUCCUUGGCUUAUCCACUCGGCCAGAACAGGAGCACUUCCUUUUUGUUAUCUUCCUCAUUCUCUACCUGCUCAAUGUGACUGGGAACCUGUUGAUCAUCUUUUUGAUCCGCUCUGAUGCCCGGCUCCUCCAUGCACCGAUGUAUUUCUUUCUCAGUCACCUCUCCUUUGUGGAUGUCUGCUUCACCUCAACUACCAUUCCGAAGAUGCUGCACAAUCUUCGCACAGGCUGCAAGAACAUUGCUUUCACUAAUUGCAUGAUCCAGAUGUAUCUCUUUCUGGCCUUUGCUAUCACUGAAAACUUCCUGCUGGGUGCCAUGGCACUGGAUCGCUUUAUGGCCAUCUGCCUGCCGCUACGCUAUCCUGUGCUGAUGAAACCAUUGCAGUGUCAUAUCAUGGUAUUUGUGGCAUGGUUGCUGGCCCAUCUUCAUGCCCUCUUGCAUACUGUCUUGAUGUCCAGGCUUUCCUUCUGUGAUCGCCAUGAGAUACCUCAUUUCUUUUGUGACUUCCAGCCUUUAGUAGUAAUGGCCUGCUCCAAUAAGAGCCUCAGUGAAAUGUUGAGUUUCUUUGAAGGAGGAACCAUUAUUAUUGGCAACUUCAUUCUCAUCCUUGUCUCCUACAUCCGCAUCGUCCAAGUUGUGCUUCAGGUGCCUUCUGGCCAAGGUCGGAGCAAGGCCUUCCAAACCUGUGCUUCUCACCUGAUCGUCGUGACCCUCUUCUAUGGUUCUGCCAUUGGGGUCUAUUUCCGGCCCCUCUCUUCCUAUUCUGGUGACAAGGACAAGGUAGCCACUGUUAUGUACACUGUGGUCACCCCCAUGCUCAACCCCUUCAUAUAUAGCCUAAGGAAUGCAGACAUGAAAGCUGCCCUCCACAGAGCACUGGAUAAACUAAGAAACGCUUUGCAGAAAACACGGAUUAUCAACGCCUGAUGUGAAGAGACCUGUGAAAUAUGGCGUGCCAGAUCAGAAAUAGAAGAAGAAUGGUUCUUUGGAGAAUUUUAUGUGCUGCAGGGUCUUACACAUUUAGAAUGCUUUCUGAUUCCUAAAGAACAUUUUUAUUUUUAACCCAGUAUGUGAAUCUUCAUAUUUUGGUUUUUUUAAAAUGAACACACAGAGUUUAUGUUCAUCUUGCUCAACUAAGUGCUCACCAGAAUGUUAAACUACAACUCCCAUCAAACAGUCAACUGGUGUAGAUGGAUAUGGGUGAUGAGAGCUGUAAUCCAACCCUUGGGGUACAGCCUGUCUCAGAAGCCUUGAUAAAGUACCAAAGACCUGAAGACCUGGGCUCUGCCAACUUCCUUGGGGUGUGAGUAGGAGCACAAAACCUUGAGAUUUGUUAGGGGCUUGAAGAACCACUACCCCCCCCCUUUCUACUUUAUUCUAUUCUUGUUUUAACUGCCUUCUAAUGGGAUACAAUAUUUAUAUGGUUUUUAUGUUUUUAACCGUACUCUGCCUAGAAUCGCUCUGUGAGUGAAAUUGGCAGUUUCUAAAUUCAAUGUGUAAAAAAAUUGAAUAGAGGAACAAGUAUUCAUGAUGAUCUGCAUAAAAAAGCAGUCCUGCU